AUGCCUGUGGCCCAUGUAGCAGGUGUGGCCCAUGUAGCAGGUGUGGCCCAUGUAGCAGGUGUGGUCCAAGCAGCAGCUGUGGUCCAUGUAGCAGGUGUGGUCCAUGUAGCAGGUGUGACCCAUGUAGCAGCUGUGGUCCAUGCAGCAGCUGUGGCCCAUGUAGCAGGUGUGGUCCAUGUAGCAGGUGUGGCCCAUGUAGCAGCUGUGGCCCAUGUAGCAGGUGUGGUCCAAGCAGCAGCUGUGGCCCAUGUAGCAGGUGUGGCCCAUGUAGCAGGUGUGGCCCAUGUAGCAGCUGUGGCCCAUGCAGCAGGUGUGGUCCAUGUAGCAGGUGUGACCCAUGUAGCAGCUGUGGUCCAUGCAGCAGGUGUGGCCCAUGCAGCAGGUGUGGUCCAUGUAGCAGCUGUGGUCCAUGCAGCAGGUGUGACCCAUGUAGCAGCUGUGGUCCAUGUAGCAGCUGUGACCCAUGUAGCAGCUGUGACCCAUGUAGCAGCUGUGACCCAUGUAGCAGCUGUGACCCAUGUAGCAGCUGUGGUCCAUGCAGCAGCUGUGGUCCAUGUAGCAGGUGUGGUCCAUGUAGCAGGUGUGGCCCAUGUAGCAGCUGUGGCCCAUGUAGCAGGUGUGGUCCAAGCAGCAGCUGUGGCCCAUGCAGCAGGUGUGGUCCAUGCAGCAGCUGUGGUCCAUGUAACAGCUGUGGCCCAUGCAGCAGCUGUGGUCCAUGCAGCAGCUGUGGUCCAUGUAGCAGCUGUGGUCCAUGUAGCAGCUGUGGCCCAUGCAGCAGCUGUGGUCCAUGCAGCAGCUGUGGUCCAUGUAGCAGCUGUGACCCAUGCAGCAGCUGUGACCCAUGCAGCAGCUGUGACCCAUGCAGCAGCUGUGACCCAUGCAGCAGCUGUGGUCCAUGCAGCAGCUGUGACCCAUGUAGCAGCUGUGACUCAUGCAGCAGCUGUGGUCCAUGCAGCAGCUGUGACCCAUGUAGCAGCUGUGGCCCAUGUAGCAGCUGUGACCCAUGUAGCAGCUGUGACCCAUGCAGCAGCUGUGGUCCAUGCAGCAGCUGUGACCCAUGAAGCAGCUGUGACCCAUGUAGCAGCUGUGGCCCAUGCAGCAGCUGUGACCCAUGCAGCAGCUGUGACCCAUGCAGCAGCUGUGGUCCAUGCAGCAGCUGUGGCCCAUGUAGCAGCUGUGACCCAUGCAGCAGCUGUGGCCCAUGCAGCAGCUGUGACCCAUGUAGCAGGUGUGGUCCAUGUAGCAGCUGUGGUCCAUGUAGCAGCUGUGACCCAUGUAGCAGCUGUGACCCAUGCAGCAGCUGUGACCCAUGCAGCAGCUGUGACCCAUGCAGCAUCUGUGACCCAUGCAGCAGCUGUAACCCAUGCAGCAGCUGUAACCAAUGCAGCAGCUGUGACCCAUGCAGCAGCUGUGACCCAUGCAGCAGCUGUGACCCAUGCAGCAGCUGUGACCCAUGCAGCAGCUGUGGUCCAUGUAGCAGGUGUGGUCCAUGUAGCAGCUGUGGUCCAUGUAGCAGCUGUGGCCCAUGUAGCAGCUGUGGUCCAUGCAGCAUGUGUGACCCAUGUAGCAGCUGUGGUCCAUGUAGCAGCUGUGGUCCAUGUAGCAGCUGUGGUCCAUGUAGCAGGAGUGGCCCAUGCAGCAGCUGUGGUCCAUGCAGCAGCUGUGGUCCAUGCAGCAGCUGUGACCCAUGCAGCAGCUGUGACCCAUGCAGCAGCUGUAACCCAUGCAGCAGCUGUGACCCAUGCAGCAGCUGUGACCCAUGCAGCAGCUGUGACCCAUGCAGCAGCUGUGACCCAUGCAGCAGCUGUAACCCAUGCAGCAGCUGUGACCCAUGCAGCAGCUGUGACCCAUGCAGCAGCUGUGACCCAUGCAGCAGCUGUAACCCAUGCAGCAGCUGUGACCCAUGCAGCAGCUGUGACCCAUGCAGCAGCUGUGACCCAUGCAGCAGCUGUGACCCAUGCAGCAGCUGUAACCCAUGCCAGCAGCUGUGACCCAUGCAGCAGCUGUGACCCAUGCAGCAGCUGUGGCCCAUGCCAGCAGCUGUGA